AUGCACAUCGCCAUUCCGUUGGGCGUGCGCGGCCUCCAAUUCUUCAUCUCCCUGACCAUCCUCGCCCUCGCCGCGGCGCUCAUCAAUGAACAAGUCAUCGGCGAAGUCCCCGUCACGACGCGCUACACCACCUUCACAGGCGGCUUUGGCAUGAUCGUGUGCGGGAUCGGUGCCGCCGCCCUGUUUGUGCACGCCAUCCCCCCGCUGGUGCCCGUCGUCUUGGACGGCCUUAUGGCAAUCUUUUUCCUCGCGGGCGGUAUCUCCUGGGCCAUCGGCCUCCGCGGCACAGAAAGCUGCAGUGAUGGCGGCGACAUGCUGCUCAAUGACCUUCUCAACCGGGGACGCAUCGGCUCUGGGGACGACGCGCGGUACGGCGUGAUCGGUCGGGAUGACGACGAAAACGCCGUGUUCAGAAAGCUGCAGAGCACCUGUCAACGGGCCCGUGCCGACGAGGUGCUGGAGUUCGUUGCCUUUGCCAUGGCCAUCGGGUUGGUGGGUCUGAGUUACUUGAUGAUGAGGAGGGGAAGUGGACGUGCAAUCGUCUGA